GUCAGUGACAGUGAAGUUUAUGUGGUGUAUUUUCAUCAAAUCAAAAGGAAUGUCAACGUUUUAUUAACUAUUGACAUAAUAAUAAUGACCCAGGGCACAGUUAAAUUUACUAAAAAACAUGGAUUCGAGAACAUAUUCCAAGAGGUGAUAAGUGGCAACUACCCAGCACACAAUGUGAACAGAAUGAACAUAACUCGGUUAAAACAUUUGGUAGUGCGUCUUGUAGAGUUUACAUCUAUCCAAGUGAGCGCCAAAAUCAGACCUUCAGUAUGUGAGACCAAUUUGACAAAUAAUUUGUCGUUGGACAGUGAAGUGCUGGUACCCAAAUUACAAAAUAAGAACAAUUAUAAAGAGUUUCGAAGCAGUUUGAAAAGAGUUGUAAUUGAUUGCUGUGAUUUUUUCAAGACCUGUAGUCCACAAUGGCCUCCUCAUGGAAAAUCGUUUGAGAAUGACGAAAAUUUUGAUUUCAUUCAAGCUAAGGCUGAGAAAAGGAGGUUGAGGACCUCUUACUCUGAAAGUACUGUGAGCAAAAGACGAAAAACAUUAUUGCCCUGUAAUGAAAAGAAGUGUAAAAGUCAACCAUAUAUACCGUUAUCCAGAUGUGUACCUGGACCACAAGAACCAAGUAAGCCUUUGACUCAAGCUGACUUUCUAGGUAUAUUCAAAUUAAAUUUAAAUAACAAUGAGAUUCCAAAACCUCAAGUGCCAAAUAGUACUAAACCAAAUCGUCUUCAGAACUGCCCUAACAUCCCCCUUUCGUCAGAUUUAGGACAACUUCUAAUCAAAUUGGAAAAUCACAAAGUACCAAGUAGUGUUAGUGAAAGAAAACUAGACAAACUUCAAUGGUAUAUAAAUAGAGACAGUCAACCAAUUACGAAUGUUCAAUUUGAAGUGAGUUAUUGUCCCAAUAAGAAAAAUACAAACCUAGGCCGUGAGUACAAAUUUCCUGUAAAACAACACCAUCAACUCUCAGGAAAUCAUCAUUUUGAAAAGUUUAAGUACAAAUUGUGCAAACCUCUUACAGUUGUGCUACAGAAUGAGGAUUUGUUCUGGGCAGCGUACGUCCCUUGUGACUCCCAGUAUAAAGAUGCAGUACAACUGACUUUAGAACAAAUAGACGUCAUAAGAAGGUUAACGGAUCAAUACAAUCCUCGAUUGACGUUGUGCACUUCUUCUGAGGAGAUCAAGAGUGCGUACAAGCGGCGGCAACUCUGCUCGUUAAUAGGAGUUGAAGGAGGUCAUUCAUUGGCUGGAAGUUUAGCUGUUUUGAGGACUCUCUAUCACGUGGGCGUUAGAUAUUUGACACUCACCUCCACUUGUAAUACGCCUUGGGCUGACUGUUCCCACGCAGACCUCCCUGGUAAAAAGCCGGAACAUGGAGGACUAACUAACUUCGGAAAGAGUGUUAUCAAAGAAAUGAACCGACUGGGUAUGAUCGUCGAUCUUUCUCAUGUGUCAGUGAACACGAUGCGAGAUGCCUUGGAAGUUUCGAAAGCACCUGUCAUCUUCAGUCACUCUUCGGCGCAUGCGCUUUGCAACUCGACUCGAAACGUGCCGGAUGACACGUUGAGGAAGUUAGCGAUGAACAAGGGGGUUAUUAUGGUCAAUUUCUAUUCGCUGUUUUUGACCUGUAAAGAAGUCUCUACCAUCGCAGAUGCUGUAGCCCAUAUAAAUCACAUCAGAGAAGUGGCCGGUGUGGAUAGCGUCGGUAUUGGAGCAGGAUACGACGGCAUAAACUACGUUCCUCAAGGAUUGGAAGACGUCUCCUCCUAUCCAACUUUAUUCGCCGAACUAAUAGGAACCGGAAAAUGGACCGUGGAUGACCUAAAGAAGUUGGCGGGACUCAACUUUCUCAGAGUUUUUCAAGAGGCUGAGAAAAUACGAGACGAGUUCAAGAAAGCCAACGUACCGCCCUAUGAGGACGUUAUGCCGAAGCCCAAAGACACCAACUGUUCGUCUCAAAUCAAUUGAUCAAUAUUUUAAAGAUAAAUAUCUAUAUAGUAAUACUUUUUCAUAUUUGUAGGAUUCUGUGAUUAUGUGAUAAAAAUACUAGGUAGAUAUUU